AUGCAAGGGAAAACGCGCAGCUUGGCGGGUGAACCGCACAUGUUGCCAGGCAAACGGGCCAACAAACGCAAGUUCGGUAAACUUGGCCGGACAUGCAGAGAGUCGGUGUUUUCCAAUGAUUUGGAAGCUUCAACGUGGGCGCGCGGCCCAUCGAAGACGGCAAUGGACGAAGUUGAUAUGUCAGUCUUUUCGAAGAUGGCAGAACUCCUCGCAAGACCGCUGUCCCCUACGGCCUUGGAAAAGGAGGCAAAGGAGGAAGCAGCAGCCAGCCGUCGUGCACCAAAGCCCAGGACGGCAAAGGCACGAAGUGGCCUUCAGAACCGUUCUGGCUCGGCACUGGAGCCUGUGAGACGGUCUCCUGUGGUCAGUAGCGAUAUCGACACGGAAGCCAACGGAAGCAUCCUGUCCGCUGUCUCCGAGCUGAGUGGACUACAGCAAGUCUGGAAAGAGAAGGCUAAGCAUCCCUCCUACAGAAAGGCAGGACCUCCUCGAAUGAAGAGACCUCCUGUUAAAGUUCUCGCGGAGGAGGAACGCCUUCAGAAAAUGGACGAGAUUGACAACCUCGAGCAGCAGUUGACAGAGGCCAAGAAACUGGCGGCUGCCACUCGCGAGGCUGCUGCAGCUGCUGAAAGGCUUGCGCAGGCUGCAGAAGCCGAGGAGCAGGACUCUGGCUCCGAAAAGCGGACAGCGUCGGAGCUCCUGGGCUCUGGCUUCGGCCCUGAGGUAGCGCAGAAAGACGGGCUCCAUCGGCAGGCUGAGGAGAGAGUCAAGGCACGCCGAAAACAAGAGGCAAAGGAGCGGAGAGAACGCAGCCGGAGGGAGGCAGAGGAGAAGCGGAAGAAGCAGGCAGACGCAGAAGCGAAGGCAAGUGAAUUGGAGCGACAGGCCAAAGAACGUGUGCAGGAGCGCAUCCGAGCAGAAAAAAAUCGCGAAAGGCUGCUCCAGGAGCAACAGGAGCGUGAUGCCGAAGAGCGAGAGAAGCGUUCACGGCAGGUAGCCGAGGAGCUCCGUCAACAAGCGGUGAAGCGAUUGGCUGACAAGGACCAUGCAAGCCGACAACUGGCCGAAGAGAUGGCCAAGCAAGAGUCGGAGGCCAGGCGGCUGCAAAUCGAAGAAAGCGAAGCCCGAGCUGAGGAGCUGCGAAUGAAGACGCGACAGCGAAUGCAUCAACACCUCCGAGAGCAGAAGGAGCAGGAGAAUGCAGCCGAAGAGGCCCGCCAGCGGCGCAUGGAAGACGCAGCUAGGGCCGAAGAGGGCAAGAUCCGGCAGGCGUUGCAAAGCCAACAUCGAGCACAGCUCAGAGCAGCGGAGUUCAAGCACAAAGCCAGAUCGGAAGAGCAGGCUCGCAUGCUUCUCCACGAAGAAGAGAUGGAGCGUCAGCAGGAGCACGCAGAAUCAGCGCUCAUGGAGCGGCAGCGCAAGCGCCGCUGGCGCGCCAACCUGGGCAGCAAGUCAUUGACACCCCAGUCCCAGUCCAAUGCUUCGAGGGCAUCCAGCCAGCCACCCUUGAGGCCUCUCCAAAGCCAAGACUCCCUUGCCCAUGCACGGGGAGGAGGUUGCAGCGCAGAGAGCAGCCGAGCGAACACGCCGAGCUGUCCGACAUGGGCGGUUGUAGACAGCGAUGCAGUUCAAGCACCGGCCCGGCCCAGGCCGCAUGCCGUGCAUUCCCGUGCUGUGCCACAACUGACAAAACUGCCACGGGCUGCCAGCCAGCCUGUGAGGCAGAGACCUCCGGCAGCGCUGCCCUUGCAAGGCAGCAGGGAAAGCAGCCGAGCAACAUCACCAAGAUGCCCUGAGUGGCAUAUCGGGGACGCGGAUGAGAACCCACCAGCUCUAGAAGAGGAAGUUCCGUCCAUGUCGCCGAGGACGUUGGCCGGUCUGUGUGAGACACCUGCGCCUCCUGACAAUGCGCAGUCAGUGCCCAAGCCGUGGAAGCAAAAGGCGAUCCAGGUGAACUCAGCCUCCUACUAUUUGGAAGCCCUCAAAGCUGCUCGUGGUGGAAGAGGUACGCCGAGCGCUGCAGGUAGACCAGCUCCGGGAAGCCGAGGCUACGCCGAGCAAAUGCGCCUCAGGGCGGAGGAUGUCGAGGCAAAACAGCGGGAGGAGCAGGACACAAGGAUGGAGAGGGGUUAUGCAGCUCUGCAGAGGGUGCAGCACAGGGGCAUGCAGGCCUCUCCAGUUCGCAGCUCCAUGGCGUGA